GACUCCAGGUCAGAACUCGGCGUCCACGUCGGACUCGUGGGCGUCUUCUAAAAGCCACCGGUUGGCCACGCCCUCCCACCCCACUCUUUCUCUCUCUGUCGGCGCUCCUCUGUUUCAUCCUCUAUAUCUUUCUCCGCUCUCCAUCUCGUUGUUGUUUUCUCCUCUCUGUCUUUCUCUUCACAGGCCGCCUGAACCACUGCCGCUCCUGCAACCUUCCACCUAGGUCUGAGCAUCUGGCGCAUCACCUAGAUGAGAAUACGCUAGGAUUGAAGAAGCUUCUAAGAUGGGUGAUGUGGACACACUUACUGUUAGAUUUCAUUAUGGUGGAGAGUUUUUGUUUGAUGGGAAGAGGAUGCAUUACGUCGGUGGAUUUGAAGGAUUGUCCUAUAUAGAGCGGGAUUUAAUCUCUUUACCUGAGAUUAUUGGGCAUCUAAAGGAUCAUGGAGUGGUUGUGGAUGAUGUAUUGCUGCAUUGGUUGCAUCCUGGUAAAGACCUCGAUGAUGGGCUUAGGUUGCUGCAUGAUGACAGUGUGUGCCUGGCCAUGUCAAAUUGCAUUAAAGGCUGUGGGGUUGCAGAGGUGUAUGUUGAAUCGGUAGCAAUGCAAUUGGAAGCACUUGCUGAAGAUGACACAAGAGGUAGUGAAGCAAAUGAAUUUGCAGAGCAAAUGGGAGGAAAAACACUUAUUCAUAUUGAUGGAGAUAGUUCUGAUGAAGUUCAAUAUAUAGGGGAGAAUAAGAUUACUGCCUUCCAACUUGCUCCUAUCAAAACUGAGGAGUGGCAGCAGCUACAGAUUGCUAGCAAGGUGGGAGAAGCACAAGAAUCACAACAAAUCCCUAGCAAGGUGGGAGAAACAGAAAGCAGUUCUGAUAGUGAGUACCUUCCUGGUGGGUUUUGUUCCUCAAAAGAGGAUGAGGAAGCUGCAGACAUUAACCAAAAAUUCAAGGAAUUCAAGAAGAAGUCCAAGUGUGGUGAACUCAAAAGCCUAGAUGAUGUUAUGUAUGCAUAUGCUCCUCAGAAAGAAAUUGGACAAACUGAUGGUGAGCUUGUAGUGGGAUGUGACCUUGUUGAUGGUAACUCAACACCAUAUGUUGACUCAAGCGAUGGUGAAGAUGAAUCAUUUGAAGAAUGCUCUGGUGAUGAGGUCAUUGGGAAAGAAGACCAUUUCCAUAGGUUUGACAGGAAGGCUGAUGUUCCAGUUUUUGCUCUAGGAAUGAAGUUCAGCGGUAAGAAAGAGUUUAAGGAAGCAAUUAUUAAGUAUGGGCUUGCUACAAGGAGGGUUAUGAAAUUUGUCAAAGAUGAAGGAGACAGGGUUAGAGCUAUAUGUGAGUGGCCUUUGUGUCCUUGGGUAUGUCUUUUGAGGAAGACCACUCUAGCAGAGAGCUGGCUAGUGACAAGCUUAAAAGAUGAGCACACGUGCCCAAAGAGAAGAGACAACAAACUGGUGACAUCUAAAAGAAUUGCAGAUAGGUUUCAAAGUUUGAUUAGAGCAAACCCAGCAUGGAGCUUACAACACCUUCAAGCCACAAUUCAAAGGGAAAUGUUUGCUAAUGUCAGUAUAUCUAAGUGUAAGAGAGCAAAGUCUAUAGUAAUGGCUAGAUGGCUGGAUAGGGUUCAGGGUGAAUACAGUAAAGUGUAUGAUUACCAAGAAGAACUACUAAGGAGCAACCCAGACAGCACGGUUGUUGUUAAGACGGACCCAGAAUUUGAUGUGCCCGUGUUUCAAAGGUUCUAUGUGUGCCUUGAUGCUUGUAAGAAGGGGUUCUUGACAGGAUGUAGGAAAGUAAUAGGUCUUGAUGGUUGCUUUUUCAAAGGGGCAUGCAGUGGUGUGCUGUUGUGUGCCAUUGGCAGAGAUGCAAACAAUCAAAUUUAUCCGAUUGCUUGGGCUGUGGUUGAGAUGGAAACAAAUGAAACAUGGGACUGGUUCACUUACUUGUUGUGCAGAGACUUGAAUAUUGGAGAUGGAGAUGGUUGGGUAGUUGUAUCAGAUCAACAAAAGGGGAUACUAAAUGCUGUUCAAGCAUGGCUUCCUAGAUCUGAGCAUAGGAAUUGUGCUAGGCAUAUAUAUGCUAAUUGGAGGAAGAAAUUCAAGAAGAAAGAAUACCAAAAGAUGUUUUGGAAAUGUGCUAAGGCCUCUUGCAUCACUCUUUUCAAUAUAGCCAGAGCUGAAUUAGCUGAGAAGACACCUCAGGGUGCACAAGCUAUAAUGAACACAGCUCCACAUCAUUGGAGCAGGGCAUGGUUGAAGCUAGGAUCAAAUUGUGAUUCAGUUGAUAAUAAUAUUUGUGAAUCCUUCAAUAAGUGGAUUGUUGAACCAAGGCAUCUCCCUAUAAUCAGCAUGCUAGAGGCCAUUAGGUGCAAAGUAAUGAUUAAGAUCCAUGACAUGGCAACUAAAGCUAGUAGGUGGCAACAAGCAAUUUGUCCUAACAUAUUGAAGAAGCUCCAGACUUGUGUGAAUAUAUCUGCUUAUUGCCAAGCUAUCUGUUGUGGAAAAGACCAAUAUGAAGUGCAGCACAAUGACCACAGGUGGUCAGUAGACCUUGAGAAAAGGACCUGCUCAUGUAGGUAUUGGCAGCUAUCUGGACUGCCAUGCCCACAUGCAAUUUCCUGCAUAUACUAUAAAACCAACAAAUUGGAUGAUUACAUUGCUAAAUGUUUCACUGUGGAUGCCUUUGAAAAAACAUAUGCUCACUGCCUGCAACCUGUAGAAGGCAUGCAAAAUUGGCACCCCUCUGAAAUGGCCAAGCCAUUGCCACCCAAGCAAAUGAAGAUGCCAGGUAGGCCAAGAAAAGAGAGGAAGAGGGAACCACAUGAGAAGCCAAAAAAAAGCACAAGGUUGUCAAAGAGGGGCACUGUGAUCACCUGUAGGAAAUGCAAGCAAGUUGGUCAUAAUAGGAGCACUUGUGACAGGAGGAACAAUAACAACACCUCCAAUACGCCAGCAUCAUUUAACCAGGCCCCUGUAACUUCACCAAAUGCACUGCUUCCUGUUCCGGCCUCACAGCAGAGUGUAAGAAGUGCUAAGAAGAGGAAGGCUCCUUCGACUAAUGAUGCAAGUGCUUCCAAAAAUAAAAAUAAGGGCUGUACUUCAGGAGUCGCAUAUUCAGAGAGGAGUGCAUCCACAAUUCAAACUCCUGGACAAAGGUUUAUUAGGACAACUGCUCAAGGAAGGGUUGCAACAAUACCUGGUGGAACAGCUUCCAUAAAUUUAGAGGCUACUGUGCCAUCUUCACUAGCUAGAGCAAAGGUCUCCAUUCAGGUCACCUCUGGGACUGCUAGUGCACAAGCAAAAGCCCAGGAACCAUCAAUGAAAGGACCUGCAUUGAAGACCUCAAGGCGCCUUCCACAACUUCUUUUGUCACCGAAGAGGACUCAUCUGUUCAACAAUACCCAGUAAUUUUUUCGGAGUUGUAUGUGUUAGGUUGUGGUGCUGAGUCAUGUAUCCAGUAUUGCACUAUACAUUAUGUAUGCUGAAAUAUCAGUCAUAUGUUAGGCUAGACCAAUGCCAGUUCUAUGUAAAUUUAGUUAAGCUGUACUCUAUGCCAGUAGUUCCUCAUGUAAUAUGCCAAACUAAUGGCUCUUAUGCCAGUGCAAUGCAUGUUUAAUUCUCCAAGUUAUUUUGUUA